UAAGCGGAAGGCCACUGCUCACACUUCCUGCUUGUCGGGCGCUGUGCUGGGUGCGACCGCGGAAGUGUUUGCGCUUUUUUUUGCUUGUCGUGUUUCUCAAAUAUUGUGGAUCGGGGACGUUAUUUGUGAACUGUGAAAAUGCCGGCCUACCAUUCAAGCCUGAUGGAGCCUGAUGUCAAGCAAAUUGGCAACAUGGCAUUACUGCCCCUCAAAACGCAGUUUAAGGGUCCAGCCCCCAGAGAAACCAAAGAAAACGACAUCAUCGAAGAAGGCAUCUACUAUUUUAAGGCCAACGUGUUCUUCAAGAACUACGAAAUCAAGAACGAAGCAGACAGGACUCUGAUUUAUGUGACUCUGUACAUUACCGAAUGCCUGAAAAAGCUGCAGAAGUGCAGCUCCAGAAAUCAAGGAGAGAAGGAGAUGUACACACUGGGAAUUACUAACUUCCCCAUUCCUGGAGAGCCUGGCUUCCCGCUCAACGCCAUGUACGCCAAGCCAAGCAACAAGCAGGAGGAAGAGACAAUGAGGGCAUAUUUACAGCAAAUUAGGCAGGAGACUGGCUUAAGGCUGUGUGAAAAAGUUUUUGACCCCCAAACAGAUAAACCUAGCAAGUGGUGGAUGUGCUUUGUGAAGAAGCAGUUUAUGAACAAAAGUCUGUCUGCCCCAGGCCAAUAAAUCAACAUCCAAACCCAUUGUUCAUUAUUUGGAUUGUAUUAUUCUUUUAUGCGUUUUUAUAUAGUCACAUGGAGAAACGAUGACAAAUGUAAAUAAAAAGCGAGUAAAAAUAAAGAGAAAUUGGUCUGCUAUGCUCACGUCUUAAACAGCUGCUGGAUGAUCAGGUACAGAAUAUAUAAUGAGACCUUGUGGUGCGGAGAUGUUUAAAAGUGCAUUCAUGUCAAUUAUCCAAAAAAACUGCAUCAAGUCGGUUAUUACACGGAAGUAAAAUGUAAUUGCUAUAUAAAUAACUUUUGCAUGUGUUUCCUUACUUAAUAAUUAAAUGAAAUUUACACCUAAAA